AUGGGUGUGCCAGAUGACGCGAAUCCGAUGAACCGGCGGCUCCCUGCCGAGGUCGUCACCAGGAAAAAGCAGUCCACCAAGAAAGAGGAGAAGGAGGAAUCCAGCACGCUGCAAGUGGAUCCGAAGCAGGUCCAUGGAAUGAAGCCGGAGCAUCGGAUGAAAUGGCUGGCCAAAGCGCUGCAGAAAUGCCAAGAAGGCAAAGCGGAAAAGACCGCCAUCUACGACAUUAUGACCCAUGCGAAGUUCUCCCACGACUGCUCUAGCAAGCUGGGGGCAAAGAUGUAUCGUUUGGUGCGAGCACAUGCAGUUCUCUUUUCGCAGAAGCAGCAGAAGUUUCUGGAAGGAGGUGACUAUGCGCUGCACAAGCUCUACAAGAAGGCCGUGAAAAAAGGAGAAGUGGAGGAGGACGAGGCUGGUGCGACUGCUGAGAGGGCCGAGGAGAGCUCCCGCAAGGAUGCCAGCAGAUCGCGGGACGAUGCCCGAGGUCCUGACAUUGCAGCACUCUGGGAUCGCCUCACAGCCCUGUCGCCGGGCGAGCGGGCAGCGCGUGUUGCCGCGCUGGACGAGGCAACGAAAGAGAAGCUGGAAGAGUUUCUCGAGGCUCGGAUCAAUGGUGCGCAAAGCAACGGUGGCGGACGAGACCGGGGCGAUGAAGAUGAGAGGUCUUCCGUCGCGCCGGCUGCCGAGGAGGAGUCAGGUUACUUUUCCGUCACCUUGCGCAAGCUGGACCUGUCUCUGGACACCUCCGACGAGGACUUCUUGAUCAUCAAGGAGAUCACACCGGCCGUGAGCAAGUGGAACAAGUCGCUGCCCGAACAUCCCAUUCAGGUCUUCGACCGCCUCAUUGAGGUGAAUGGAACCAGGGCGCGGGAUGCGCUGGAGAAAGCCAUGCACAGCUCCGAGGCAACCCUGCGAUUUCAGCGGCCGCAGCAGCGGACUGUGGUCCUGAAGCAGCCUGGGAAACUUGGGGUUCUUGCAAACUACGUGCCUGCGCGGUCGUUGAAACCGUGGAUUGACACAAUUGCAAGAGGCGCAGUCGAUGACUGGAACAAGGCAAGCCCACAGCAAGCGAUACAAGAGCACGAUCGCAUCGUGUGCGUGAAUGGCGUGUCGGAGCCAGCCGAGGAGAUGCUCCUGGAGCUGGCAAGGCAAACGAAAAGCUCCUUGCGGCUGACCUGCCUCCACUACGCAGGUCCUCGGCAAAGCCAUGAUGCGCAUGGCUCGGCCAGCAGCAGAAGCAGGUCGCGAUCCCGUCGGCGCCGGCGGUGA